CCACAACAGUAUUACCUUCAGUGAAACUCCUCCCACAACAAAUCAUACCUUCAGUGAAGCUCCUCCCACUGCAGUUCAUCAAUAAAUGCUGGAAUAUUCCCAUCAGUCUACAAGUGAAGACGAGCAUCAAAGCAUCAGGAAGAAGUGAAAUCUGCAGAGACAGAGUUUAUUGAAGGACAGAGAGAACAUGAGAGAUCCAGAACCCUGCAGAAUGAAACACACUGAAGAACAAACAGAGUCGAUUGAAGAAAACGAGGAGAAUGAAGAACUGAAUGAAGAGGAGAAACAUCACGUCAAAACUGGAGAAAAACCUUUGAGUCGCUCUCAAACCAAAGAGAAAGAUUUAAAGAAAAGAAGAGACAAGAAAUCCUUUACCUGCACUCAGUGUGGAAAGAGUUUGAAACGCAAACAGAGUCUCAAUGUUCACAUGAUGAUCCACACUGGAGAGAAACCAUUCACUUGUGAUCAGUGUGAGAAGAGAUUCACAGAAUCAGCAAACCUUAAGAAACACAUGAUCAUCCACACUGGAGAGAAACUGCAUGAAUGUGAUCAGUGUGGAAAAACAUUUUUGUGGGCUUUAAGCCUGAAGAAUCACCUGAAAGUUCAUACGAAGGAGAAACCACAUUCAUGCUCUUUGUGUGGAAAGAGUUUUUCACAUCUGCAAAGUUUAAAACUACAUCAGAAGAUACACACUGGUGUGAGAGAUUAUAUGUGCUUUGAGUGUGAUAAGACUUUUAUUACAGCUAAAGUAUUGAAACUGCACGAGAGGAUUCACACUGGAGAGAAACCUUACAAGUGUUCACACUGCGACGAGAGAUUCAGUCAGUCAGUACAUCUGAAAUCACACGAGAGGAUCCACACUGGAGAG